ACGAUUUAAAAAAUUAAUAAUUAAUAUGUCGCAUCCGUAUUUAGUGGAGGAAAGCUCACUUGUUGAAUUAGCUCCAAAUUUAGAAAGAUUGGUGAUGUCACUUGACAAUAAUGCAAACCAUCACGAUUAUCUCGUUGCUGUUGUUAUUGUUGUUUUGGCAGAAACUGGAUUUUUCAUUACUCCCGAAGACGAUCAAGAAGGAUGGAGGAUAAGCUCACUUUACAUUCCACGAAAUUGGAAAUCUAAUGGAAUAUACCAGUUUACGUUACGAUACAACAUUUCUCGUGAAAUUGUCUGUAAAUUAGUUGGAGUUCCAACAGGAGACACGAUGAUUUUGAAUUUGUGCAACGGAUCGACUCGUUGCAUCGUUUUUCAGACUCUGAAAUACAUUAAUCCACAUUCCAGUGAUAUCAGUGGAAGAUUUUGGAAUUUAAAGGAAUUUUCAUUCAGAUUAAAGAACGAAUUAUUGACGCCCUUGCGAGUUGAGCUUCUAACCAAAUUUGGACUUCCGAGUCCCAGUCUUCAUGGACUUCCAGAAGAACUAAAAAUCCACAUUUUUAGAAGACUAGAUCCAAAAAGCAGAAGAAAUCUGUCCCUCUGUUGUCAACAAUAUUCUGAAAUUAAUUUAGAAAGCAGAGGACACAGUGUCAGAAUUCACGGUCGUUCGUGGUAAAUAAAUGUCUGAUUCGACAAAUUGAUGCAUCGAAUUUUAAUCGUGAUAUUUUCUAUUUUACUGUUAUAAAACAAUUUUGAUAAAAAA